AAACCUUGGACGCAAGCAAAACUCAAAUGGCAGUAGAGAGCCUACCAAACGAGCAUUGAAUCGUUGAAAACGCGCAGUGAUCGAUCACCGUCGAGCUCUAUCUCUCGCGCGCUGUGCGUCUCGUGCGCGUCCUUCUCGACCUCUCUGCGACCAUCCGUCGAACACCUUGCGUGCAAUCCCUCUUCCCUUUCUCGUCUUCCCCCAUUGAUCCCUUUCAUCGAUCUCUAUCCCUUGAUUACCAAGCUCCAUGGUGGAAUUUGAGCUUUGGAGCAUGUGAUUGAGCGAGAUCUUGAGGGGAUUGGGAGGGUUUAGGGUUUGGAGAUAUGAUCAAACAGUUGCUAGGUAAGUUACCGCGGAAACCCUCGUCCAAGUCCUCGUCGGCGGACGGUGGCACUGCACAGGCCGACGGCAUCGUGUCCGCCGCUGUAGCGGCGAGUUCUGUGAAUCGAGGUGGUAGGGCUGUUCUUGCGAAGCACGCCGGCGUUGGUGGGACGUUGCCGGCGUACGAGUUGCUGCCUAGCUUCCGUGACGUGCCGAGCUCGGAGAAGCCGGCGUUGUUCAUUAAGAAGCUCGGGAUGUGCUGCGUGGUGUUUGAUUUUAGUGACCCGGCGAGGGAUGUUAGGGAGAAGGAGGUGAAGCGGCAGACGCUGCUUGAGCUUGUGGAUUAUGUGUCCACGGUGAAUGGGAAGUUCAAUGAGGCGGCGAUGCAGGAGGUGACGAGGAUGGCGGCGGCGAACCUUUUCCGGACCUUCCCGUCGUCGCGCAGCGAGACCAAGCCGCCGGAAUCGUUUGAUGCUGAGGAGGAGGAGCCAGCGAUGGAGCCGGCGUGGCCGCACCUUCAGGUUGUGUAUGAGUUCUUGCUGAGAUUCAUCGCGUCCGGGGAGACUGAUGCGAAGAUCGCCAAGAGGUACUUUGAUCACUCGUUUGUGCUUCGAUUGCUUGAUCUCUUUGAUUCGGAGGACCAGCGUGAGAGGGAGUACUUGAAGACGAUCCUUCACCGUGUCUAUGGAAAGUUCAUGGUUCACAGGCCAUUCAUUCGGAAGGCGAUCAAUAAUAUAUUCUAUAGGUUCAUCUUUGAGACUGAGAAGCACAAUGGGAUUGGGGAGCUAUUGGAGAUUCUGGGAAGUAUUAUCAAUGGUUUUGCUCUGCCAUUGAAGGAGGAGCAUAAGCUCUUUCUUGUAAGAGCUUUGAUUCCUCUGCACAAGCCCAAGAGUGCGGCUGCGUACCAUCAGCAGCUCGCCUAUUGCAUCACGCAGUUUGUGGAGAAGGAUUGCAAGCUUGCGGAUAUUGUGAUCAGGGGGCUCUUGAAGUACUGGCCUAUCACUAACAGCUCCAAGGAAGUGCUUUUCAUCAGUGAGCUUGAGGAGAUUCUGGAGGUCACUCAGGUGGCAGAGUUCCAGAAGUGCAUGGUGCCUUUGUUCCAACAAAUUGGUCGCUGCCUCAAUAGCUCUCACUUUCAGGUAGCCGAACGGGCGUUAUUUCUGUGGAACAAUGAUCAUGUGCGAAAUUUGAUAACCCAAAACCGGAAGGUCAUUCUACCGAUCAUCUUCCCAGCUUUGGAGAAGAACAAACAGGAGCACUGGAACCAGGCUGUGCAAAGCCUAACUUUGAAUGUGAGGAAACUCUUUUUGGAUGCUGACCAAGAACUAUUCGAGGAAUGCUUAACAAAAUUCCAAGAAAACAAGGCCAAGGAAAGAGAGUUGCAAGAUAAACGGGAAUUAAUUUGGAAACGCUUAGAAGAAAUUGCAGCAUCCAAAGCUGUCAGCAACGAAGCUGUGCUUGUUUCUCGGGUCAGAUCUUCCCUUACCAUUCCGAGCACUAGUCCGCGAUCUCCUGUCAGCACCUGAGAGGAAAGAAAGAUAACAUGCAGUAAAGUGCGCUACUGUAUCCAGGUUAGUUGCUGCUCAUUGUAAGGUUAAAAAAAAAAAAAAUGCCUCUUGUUUUUAGCAGACAUAUUCAUGGUUUGAAGGAUGUGGCAUUUUCAGGCUUCUUCGUUUAGAAGUCAUUUUUGGGCAUUAUCGUCUUCUUACUAAGCAUGAAAGAAUGUAUGUUUGUGUAUAAUCAGUAUUUGUUGGGGAUAGAAUUUGUUGCUGAUUUCUCUCA